UUGGGUUUUUUUUGCAUUACCUCAUUAUUCUAGCUUAAGUAUGGAAUCAGUCCUUUUGAUGGUUUUACUGGUUGUAAUUAUAUUAAUACGAUUCAUUUUGUGGUCCUGUCUUAAUGCUUAUAUAGAUUAUAAACUGUCCCAAAGGUUUCCUGACACAAAAAAAGAGGACUAAGAGACUUCAAAAGGCUCAUUCAGGUUUGAAUUGACAAUGGGGAGAGCUGGGUAAGGUAAAUGGAGCUAGAGCAGCUUUUACCUUGGGAUCUGAUGAGAGAGAAAUGACCUGUUGAGACUGCAGCUGAGUGAAGAUCCUUCAGAAAGCCUCAUGCUGACAACUGAUUGAGUCAAAUGACUUCCUGUCCAACUUGGGCAUGAAUUUGCUGUUGGGAACAGACUUGUGGACUUCUGCCAAUUAAAUGAUGUGGACAGUCUGGAAGGAACCCUCUUGCUGGGCAGUCCAAGAGUGCUUAGUGUCCACAUGCCAUACUGUGGGCUGGCAGGAGUGGAUUUUUACCUGUUUGUUACCAAAUUCCUCAUGACAUGGCUCUUCCCAGCCAGUCAGAUCUAAAACUGAACUAAUGAUUUUAGCUGACCAUAACCUGCCAAAUGUUCACAUUUCUUAGCAAGUGAUGUAUACGAGUGCCAGUACAAGGUGGAUUCCACUGGAAUAAUCUCUUCCAUGGAAGACAGAUUUGUGUCUCAGAGAUUGUGUGAUGGACCCUGGCCGUGCUUCAGCACCAACAACGGGUGGGGUGGCACCACAAGUGAGUUUUGAUACCAAAGCCCUGCAAGUGACCUUCAUGUCUAGCCUGAAACAAGCACCCUACUAGGACACUGGAGGAUUUGAGUACUUGCCCAAGGACAAAGUGACUUGGGAUUUCUUGAUUAAUUUACCUGGCAAAAGGAAGUAAUUUUUUUCAAAGGAACUGUCUUCUUUAAAAUAGGUGUUAAUACAACAGUCAAACAACCUAAAUCUUACUGCAACUCAGUGUAAUACUGUCUUUUAAGAACUGAAUUUUUCUACAGUAACGAUAGGAAAAUUGUAUCACCUUGCCCAAGAAAUGCACUAUCCUUGGCCUAGUCACUCUUUAAAAAAAGGUUUUUUAAAAAUCCUUUUUUUUUUUUCCAUCAUUUUCUAUCUCAUGAAAGAGAAGGUUACCACUUCAUAUACUUAUUUUUAUAUCUCUUGGUAGCUCACAUAAUGAUAUCAGAGUCCAGCUAGGUAAAAGCCUACAUUAUUCCCAUACGGAGUUUCUGGCCCAUUCAUGACUCACACACUCCUACAGCCUUGUCAUUAGUAACUGCUCAUCAGCCCUUGUAAUUUUGUCUUUUAGACUCUCCUAAAAGUCAGACAUGAGAGCUGGUAUGUGCUUAGGCAGGGAAGCAGGGUAAAUGUCAGGUCAAUUGAUUUCAGCAUCAGAUUUUAUUUUUGGUGGAUGACCAAUCUACAAAACAGCUUGUAAUGCUUGAAGGUGCAUGUCAUGGGCUUGAAAUCCUGCCAGACAGCAAUAAAUUAUAUGCAGAUGUAACUAACUCCUUGUCUGUUUCUCUGAUUCUUAAUUUUAAUGAUAGUUCUGUCCUUUUUUUGUUUUCCCAACCCCAGCAAGCCACAAAAGGAAAGUGAAAUGUUCUUGAUGUGCAGACAUACCUUUUAUAAUGAGUAACUGGAAAAACAGUGAUAGUGAUCCAUUUUUCUUCUUUCAGUUAAUCAUCACUAUUCUGAGCUGUUGUGUGCAAAACAAAGCUUGUGGAAAAAUUGAUAGUGCCUUUAAGAAAUAAAUCUUCUAAUUCUUUAUUUCAGUCCUAUUGAAAUUGCAUUUGACAGUAUGCUGUUUGUAUUAAUUGUUUAAAAGUGUGGAUGUAAUGAGAAGACAUACAGGUGAACUUGUGGUUUACUGCCUUUAACAUUUGGGGAUAUUGGAACUGACACCAGUGUGGAAUUCACAACUUUCAUUUUUUUAUCCCCGCAGGGCAGCGUUUCAAGUUUUCCCUGUAAAUCAGAGCUUGUAGUCUUGUUAUGGACCAUACCCUAUGGACUGGAUCCCUUGGUAUUUAUGUACCUAAAACAUUUGAUUUGGACCUUAUUUUAGUCACGUGAGUUGUACUCUGAUUAUAAGAGUGGUCUGGCCAAAUAUUUUUUGGCAUAAUAUUGCUCUGUGUCCUACAGUGGUAAAACUGGCUGCAAAACCAAGCAGUUUAUUAGAACAUCCAUGUUUUGAGACACAUUUAAUUAAUUUAAUAAUCAUAAAAAUUUUGACUGAAGAGUUAAUUUAGAUCUUGUUGCCUACUAAACUCCUUAAGCAUUCAAAGUGUUUUUAGUUUUGGUUAAUUUCUCAUUGCAUUCAUAUUGUUGUUAUCCGAUCCUGCAGGAUGUGGGAAGCCAUCCUGUUUAUUCUGCAAUACAAAAUUAGGACUAUCACACUUUCAGGAGUGCAAAAUAUAAAGGAGAUUGAGAUCUUCCUCUUUACCCCCAUAGGUAUUUUCCCUCUCUCUUUUCAUGGAGAUAAGAAAAAUCUAAGCCCCUUAAGUGUGGUAUGAUGUGAAAGUAUCCACUGGUAUUUCCUGGUAUUUCCUAUGGAGCAGUGUGCUGACAUUCAGAUAUUUAAAAGGUAUUUGUACCCUCUUGGUUUUUUUGCAUUUAAGGAUGUAUUUAAAAUUAAACAAUGUCACUUUUGAGCUGUGGACAGAAUGAAUAAAGAUUACGGGGUGGAGCCCCCUUUCAAGACAUGAAACAAAGGUUUGUGUAAAGAAAGAGAAAAAUAAAAGUGAAAUACUGUUAUAUUAAUAUCCUUUCUAAUGUAAAGUCAUUUGUAUUUUUUAUAUAUUGAUUAAAAUCU